AUGACCAAGGACCAUUCUCAGACUGGCUCGUUUCUCCUACAGGAGCCGAGCCUCACCAAGACCCGUGGCCCUUCCCACGCUUGUUCGACUCUCCCACCAGAGCCUCGCCUCACAGUGACUUCCCUCAUCCAGCGCAUGCCUUCGAUGCUUCUCAGCAGAGUGUCGUUCAACGCCACGAGGAACACAGAAGACAUAAUAAUGAGUCUGGAGAUGACGAAGGCGGAGCUCGAAGCACUGUUUCCGACCAGGCUCAGCGGCACGGUCAGAAGCGAGCCCGCAAGAGGAGGAGGCCUGUUCUUCUCAGCGAGACAGAACGUAGCUCAAAGGGAGAAAAAGAUUUUCGAAAGGGACAUCGGAGAUGAUCGUUACUUCUUUACACCGACGCCGGCGUACAAGAUAUUGCCAGUGGAAUUGGCCAACAAAAAGGAGGAAGAAAUUCGGAAAAUUUUCGCGGAAUACCAAACGAAAGACGAAGAUAUUCGUGAGAGUUGGCUGAAGAAAAGAUUGCACAAUCUUAAAAUGGUGCCAAAUCGCGUGGUCAAGCAGCAGCAAUCUGUGGGGCAGCACUCCCGCAGGACUGCAUCGUCGUCUGGAGCAAGCGACGAUGCGACAUUCUUGAAAUUCAGGAAGAACCACAAAAUGCAAGCGUCUGAGCACCGCAAAGUAGUGGACGAAUCCUACGGUCUCUUUUGUUACUUUUUUACUCCAGCGGGGCCUUCCUUUUCGAUGCCCAUUCCGACAUGGGAAAACUAUUUCACGGAACUGGAAAAGCUUAAGAAAGAAUAUGAUGCGGUGAGCGACCCCGAGAAGCAUUUUAAGAAGCGCUUUAAGAGCAUCGCUGCAGCUGCACUUCGUCUAGAGAGAGCCAAGAAAAGAAUUCCAAGACCCAUCUUUGGAGCAUCGCCACAGCUUCAGGCCAUUUAA